AAAAAUGCGAAAUCGGCAGUUGCAGGCGUAGCCGGUGGGGGAGAGGUCGCGCUCUUUCUCUGCACGCCGCCCCCGGUGGGCGCCAAGUCCCGCUCAUAUUAUCACUUUCACGCUCUUAUCCUUUCUUCUCAAUCCGAUUACCCAAUCCUUUUCAUAUCCCCCGAUUUUCUCUUCUUCUCCAUCUUACUCUCUUAGUCUCCCACCUAUAAAACACCCCAUUUCUCUCUCUUUCUCUCUCUAUACAUAUAUAUAUCUGUAUCUAUCUGGCUAUAUUGCUCUCUCGCUGUUAUUUCUUCCGAAGAACGCAAUCACUAGGUGUUUCUUCUUCAUGGGGUUCUUUUGAGAUAUAUUUCUAUUUUUUCUGUGUUCUUUGCUGAUUUUGGUGAAUUGAGAUGCCGGGAAUUGUCGUGGAUGAAAUUAAUGAAGAAAGGGCUGUGAAUAAACAUAACGGUGCUUCAGUUCAUAUGGAAGAGUCGUAUGGAAACAAGUCGCCUAGGAGCGGGUUGAGUGUUCAGAGCCAUGGAAGUGUUAAUGUUGAUUUCCCUGUUGAUGGCUUGGUUGACACCUCUAUUGAGAAGCUUUAUGAAAAUGUCUAUGAUAUGCAAAGUUCAGAUCAGUCUCCUUCAAGGCGUAGCUUUGGAUCAGAUGGUGGGGAAUCCAGGAUUGAUUCCGAACUGAAUCAUCUUGUAGGAGGAGAGAUGAGGGAGGUAGAGAUAAUAAAGGAGGAAGAAGACAUUGUAGAGAGGACUGAAAAUGAUUUUCCCAGUGAUUCUGUGAAAGAUUUACCAUCUGUAGAGAAUAAGAACACAGAAAAUUCCCAACCUGGAAGCUCAAGACGCCUUUCUUCUGGAAAAAAAGCUUCUCACUUGCAAUUGGAUCACGAGACAUCUCCAAAAUCAAGUCCCAGUGGCAAGGAUUUGUCUGAUAAGCCCCCUAUUAGCAGAAAGAAUGAAAAGAGUUCGAAAAAAACUAGUCCGGUUGCUUCUAACUCGAAGAAACAAAAAGAUUCACCUUUGAGAGGCUCGAAAAUACUUAAUGGAACUGAGGAUUUCAAUGAAUCAAUGAUGGAUAAUCCUGAUCUAGGACCCUAUCUGCUUAAGCAAGCUAGGAGUUUAGUUUCUUCAGGGGAGAAUCUGCAGAAAGCUCUUUUAUUAGCUCUCCGUGCUGCAAAAGCUUUUGAGCUAUCUGCAAAUGGGAAACCGAGCUUGGAACUCGUUAUGUGUUUGCAUGUUACAGCAGCUAUUUACUGUAGUCUAGGCCAGUACAGUGAGGCAAUUCCUCUGUUGGAGCAUUCCAUUGAGAUUCCUGCCAUCAAGGAAGGCCAGGAACAUGCGCUGGCCAAAUUUGCAGGUCACAUGCAGCUAGGUGAUACCUAUGCAAUGCUGGGCCUACUGGAAAAUUCUCUAAUCUGUUAUACAACUGGGUUAGAGGUGCAGAAACAAGUCCUUGGAGAAGCAGACCCCAGAGUUGGUGAGACCUAUAGGUAUUUAGCCGAAGCCCAUGUUCAAGCUUUGCAAUUUGAUGAGGCUGAGAAGUUUUGUCAAAUGGCUCUCGAUAUACACAAAAAGAAUGUCGGUCCUGCUUCUCUUGAGGAGGCUGCAGAUAGGAGGCUUAUGGGUCUCAUAUGUGAAACAAAAGGAGAUCAUGAAGCUGCGCUCGAGCAUCUAGUUUUAGCCAGCAUGGCUAUGGUGGCAAAUGGCCAAGAGACUGAUGUGGCUGCAGUUGAUUGCAGUAUUGGAGAUUCAUACUUAUCCCUGUCCCGUUACGACGAGGCUGUUUUUGCUUACCAGAAAGCUCUCACUGUUUUCAAGACCACCAAGGGAGAAAACCAUCCAACAGUUGGUUCAGUAUAUAUUCGUCUUGCUGAUUUAUACAACAAGACUGGAAAAACGAGGGAGUCGGUAUCGUACUGUGAAAACGCCCUUCGAAUUUAUGAAAAGCCUAUCCUUGGGAUUCCUCCUGAGGAGAUUGCUAGUGGUCUUACUAAUGUUGCUGCUAUUUAUGAAUCAAUGAAUGAAGCUGAGCAAGCAGUCAAAUUAUUACAAAAGGCACUGAAGAUAUAUAGUAACGCCCCUGGACAGCAAAGCACCAUUGCUGGAAUUGAAGCCCAGAUGGGUGUGUUGUAUUAUAUGUUAGGGAGCUAUUCUGAGUCUUAUGACUCCUUCAAGAACGCAAUUCCAAAGCUUCGCAACAGCGGAGAAAAAAAAUCUGCUUUCUUUGGGAUAGCUCUUAAUCAAAUGGGGCUUGCUUGUGUUCAGAAAUAUGCUAUUAACGAAGCUGUGGAGCUAUUUGAAGAAGCCAAGAGCAUACUAGAACAAGAAUACGGGCCUUAUCAUCCUGACACGCUCGGAGUCUAUAGCAACCUUGCUGGAGCAUAUGAUGCGAUUGGCAGGUUGGAUGAUGCAAUUGAAAUGUUGGAGUAUGUUGUUGGCAUGAGAGAGGAAAAACUCGGGACUGCCAAUCCUGAUGUCGACGAUGAGAAGAGGAGGUUGUCCGAGUUGUUGAAAGAAGCUGGUAGAGUUCGGAGCCGAAAGGCGAGAUCGCUCGAGACUCUUCUUGAUGCCAAUACUCAUCCUGUAAACAGUAAAGGUAUCAAGGUUUGAUAAAAAAAUUAUACACAUCACAGGAGCGACAUCGUUGCCGAGUUUAGAUCUGAUUCAAAAUCAUGGCUAAUUAUGGUCGAGUAGAUACCUGAUUCUUGAGGUUGUUCGAGUACUAGAAUGUGACAUUUCAUUUUGUUUGCAUUGUCGAUUAAGCUAUCUUGUAUUGGUGUAUGAAGUUAUAUUGUUCUGUAUAUUUUUACACGGAAGUGAUGACAUUAUGAUUUUGUAUAUCACAUUCUUCUGGGGUUAUAAGAUUGUUCGAUACAGGUUUUUAACGAGAA